AUGAAUCAUAAUUCAAAAUAUUUUAACUGGUUAAUUAAAUUAAAAGUGUUAAGCAGCAUUAUUAGUGGACUCAAAGAAAUUCAUCAAAAACAGAUGGUUCAUCGUGAUUUUCAUAUAGGAAAUAUAUUAUUUAAGGAGAUACAUUUGUUUACUUCAAAUUAUAUUUCUGAUAUGGGAUUAUGUGGAGAAAUUGGUAAUAUAGAUGAAACAAACAUUUAUGGAGUUUUGCCUUACGUGGCUCCUGAAUUAUUAAGAGGAAAAUCUUAUACUCAAGCAGCAGAUAUAUAUAGUUUUGGUAUGAUCAUGUAUUUUUUAGCGACUGAAAAGCAACCUUUCUCCUAUUGUGCACAUGAUCAUCUUCUAGUAAUAGAUAUAUGUAAAGGAAUUAGACCUGAAAUAAAUGAGCUGGAAGCACCUAAAUGUUAUAUUGAUUUAAUGAAAAAAUGUUGGGAUUCAAAUCCUGUUAAUAGACCGAACGCUUCUGAAAUAGAAAAAUUCAUUAUUUCAUUUCAUAAUUCAUAUUGUAGAAAAAAACGAGAUGAUAAUGAUGAAAUUGAAGAACAAUUCAAAGAAGCAGAAAAAUAUAGAAAUACAAACAGAAUCAUCAAAUCAACCUUUCAUCCUCAAGCUAUUUAUACAUCUCGACUACUCAACUCCUUUACAAAGGAUCUUCCUGAAUAUAUUGAUGAUUAUACUCAAUGUAUUAACAAUCGUACGGAAUGUUUAGACUGUGCAAUAUAA